UAUAUACAUUUCCCACAUAGUGAUUACUUCAUUAAUUGUCCCGCCUUUAUCUCCUCCCUUCCCAUCCCCCCUAAUAAUCAGCUCCUUUAUCCAGACCAACAAACACACCAUAGGAGCUUUGUGGAUUCAAAGGAUUUGCUUUCCCCUCUCAAAGAGCCGCUAUUCUUUGAUGAUUGGGCAGCGGCAAACUUCAAAGUAAUAAAUCUUAUUUCUGACUGGCUGGCGGCCCACCAAAGUCCUUAUCAAAUUCUAAGAAGUGAUCCCUCACUCUUCAGAUAGACCAAGGAUAUCUCGGAGAGAGGAAGCACUGGAGAGUGGAGACCUGCUCGGCACGAUAUUUUACUACGAAUGCACACAUUUAUCUAAAUUAGAGCUUUUAUUUUUAUUUGUUUUCAUCGAGAGGGAGGAGGACGUUUACUAUGGCAGCCGUGGCCGUACUGCGGAAUGAAACACUCCAGGCUUUUCUUCAGGAUCGCACUCCAAACUCCUCUCCAGAGAACUGUAAGCACUCUCCGCUGGCUCUUCUGGCUGCCACUUGUAACCGGAUCGGGCAUCACCACGGUUCAAACCCGACAGACUUCCUCCAGGUCCCUUACGACCCGACUCUGGGCUCCCCUUCGCGUUUAUUUCACCCGUGGACUAACGAGGGAACCCCUCAGAGCAGUUUGGCCAGCAACUCUACUUUCGGACUAUCCUCCAAGCCCCAGCUGUCUGCACACAUCCAGAGCUCCUUCAGCUCGCACCACGAACUGCCCCUCACCCCUCCGGCGGACCCCUCGUACCCCUAUGACUUCUCCCCUGUGAAGAUGUUACCUUGCUCCAUGCAGUCUCUGCAGUCUACCUGCCCUCCCACAUACGUCCCCGCUGUCAGUUACGCAGCCCCAACUCCCAUUCCGCCUGCAAUGCCAAGUUUUGUCACGGGACCCUCCGGCCUUGUGCACCAGCAGCAGAGACAGUUGUCCCCAAACCCUGGAGAGGACAUUCCGUGGUGGAGCCUCCAGCAGGGGAACCAUGUCAGUCACUCUUCCUCCCUGGGUCCCCACCGCUUCCAGCUGCAGAGGGGCUUGGUUCUGGGACAUACGGACUUUGCGCAAUAUCAGACGCAAAUCGCGGCUCUGCUGCACACCAAGUCACCUCUUGCAACUGCGCGGCGGUGCAGGAGGUGCAGGUGUCCGAACUGCCAGUCCUCCACGUCCAGCGACGAGCCUGGGAAGAAGAAACAGCACAUUUGUCACAUACCUGGUUGCGGGAAAGUUUACGGGAAAACUUCUCACCUCAAAGCGCACCUGAGGUGGCACUCUGGAGAGCGGCCGUUUGUGUGCAACUGGCUGUUCUGUGGCAAGAGUUUCACCAGGUCGGACGAGCUGCAGAGACACCUGAGGACUCACACGGGGGAGAAGCGCUUUGUUUGCCCGGACUGCUGCAAGAGGUUCAUGAGGAGUGACCACUUGGCAAAACAUGUCAAAACUCACCAGAACAAAAAGAGCAAGUGCCACGACAAGACACUUGAGCACGUCAAAAGGGAGGACACCAGGAAUAUGUUGUAACACAACUUGUAGUCAUUUUAAAUAGUAGAAAUCACUAGUGCAAUACAGUCAGUCCUACAUUAGUUGAAGUACACAGUGAGCUGCAUUUUUAUAGGGUAUUUUGUUUAUUUUAUUUUAUUUUUUUAAUUGGUUUAUUUCUUACAUCCUGACAAUAGUUUCUAACAUUGCUGGUCUGUGUAGCACAUUUUUGUGUAUGUAUAAAGUUUCAUAAGUUAAUUUGGGACCGUGGAGAAGUUAAAGCUCAUGAGUUUGAAUUCACUGUCUAUAUCAUAUCAAGAAGACAAGUUUUCAACUUGUGUUUUGAUCAUUGUCUUCGGUGGAAGAUUUCACUCCCCUGUACAUUAUAUUUAAUAGCUUUUGUUGAAUGAAAGUGUCCGUUUUUUGCUCCUUAUGGGGUGUUUAUAAGCAUGCUCUUGAAAAGAUAUGCUAUUGUUGAUAUGACCCAAAUACUGUGUGAGAAUAAAGAUUAUAACAUUUUCCUCAACUCAGAAUAAUUCAUUUAAUAUCUCAGUCCUAUGGGCGACAAGGUUUUAUGUGUCAAGAAAUAUACUCAGUAUUAGCUGGAUUAGUGUGCCAUGUGGAUUGUUGUCAAAGUUUCACAACAGUAAAACAAACUUAUUAUUUUCCAAAGAAUUUGUUUCGUAGAAUCUAUAAUUUAACUCAUUGGAGGACUUCUAGGAAAAAGUGUGCAAAUUAUUAAGUUUCCAGCUGGUUGUGAUGGUCGAAAAUGCAUAACCCACCAUAACAGAACAAUGUUAAAUAUUUGGCUAAAGUGAAGAUGAAAAGUCAAUGUUUUCCCCUGCUGCUGCUGCUGCUGUUGUUGUUUAACCUCUAACAUGAGUGAAGCAGUAUUCAGUAACACAGAGAUGACAGAAGUUGAGUUGGACUGGAUUCUACUUGACUUGUCUUCACAGAAAUAAUUUGCAUCCACCAUUUAAACAUUUACAAUGCAGUCUUAAACAGUGAAAUAUUUCUGUGUGAUCCCUGAAAUUUGGCCGCCACCUGAGGUAAAACCGAUACAUGAUGGAGGUUCGUCUCCAUCGUCUGUAGACCUGAGCGGUUCAAAGGUGCGAAUAUUCUGAAACAUAAUUUAAUUAAACACCAAACUCUGCCUCUUCACUGUGGAGGUCUUAACUUAAAAUCAUGACGUGAAAGGUUUUACUUAAAAUGUGCUCCUUUUUCUUGGAU